AAUUGUCAUAUUGCAUUCAAACAAGACUUUUACUAAUUUUAUGUAAAUUACCGCCAAAUUUUAAACUUCCCUCCAAACCCAGAAAAAAAUCCCGCCAUUUAGGCUUCGCAUAUAAAUUCGUGUUUCCCGCAAAAUUCGACAGUUGAUUAUAUUCGGUGGUUGACUAUAACCUACGUUUCGUAUUUCUGUUAUUCGUAACCUACUUUAAACCAAAGAAAAAUGGGUAUUAAUCCUGCUACACCAACCAAAAUGGUAUUAAAAUUUACUAAAACCGUGCCACAUGCUUUACCACCAACAAAAGGUUCCAUAAAAGCUGCUGGGUAUGACCUAAAAAGCGCCUUAAAAUGCGUGGUGCCUGCUAGAGGAAAAAUGAUGGUAGAUACAGGAAUAAAAGUCGAGUUACCAGAGGGUUGCUACGGCAGGAUUGCCCCGCGCUCUGGACUUGCAGCUAAAAAUUUUAUUGAUGUCGGGGCCGGGGUUGUAGAUGAGGACUAUAGGGGUGUUAUAAAGGUGAUAUUAUUUAACCACUCCGAUGAAGAUUUUCCAGUAAAUAUCGGUGAUAGGAUUGCACAAUUAAUCUGUGAACGAAUCUUUUACCCUGAACUGGAAGAAGUUAAAGAUCUCACUGACACCGAAAGGGGGGAAGGUGGAUUUGGAUCGACAGGAAAGAACUAAGAAAAUGUUCCUUUGUAUUAUUUAUGUUACUUAAAGCAAUUUGGCUGUUUUUAGUUUGUAAUAUCGGAUAUUAUAUAUCCAUUCUAUAAUUUUAUUUCGUUAAUAAAUUUUGUAUCAAAAU